AUGGAUAAUGCGGAGAGGGAGGAAGUGGCUGCGUUCGCUAUUGCGUCGGAGAAAGAUCGCCGUACGGUCGCGAUGGUCGAAGGAGCUCCUCCUCCCAAUACGAGCUCUCCACCACCACAGUCGUCCACAAGUCCUACAGACCGGCCGUCAUCCUCGUCGCCAGUCUUAACAUCUGUGUCUUCUUCAACAUCCUCUUCUGGAUCCGGAUCAUCAUCCGUUGUGCUCACAUCGCAGGCUACUAUCAUCUCAUCCAUUCCAUCUGUUACGCUUCAGAGGGGCUCAGAGACCUCCCACCCGACGGAAACUCCUGUUCCGAACACACCCGCCGGGUUCUUCUCCAACCGUAAUGCGACAAUCUUGCUUGCCGCCUCUGUUGGAGGAGUCGUAGGCGUUGUCCUUUUGCUCACCUUGUGGAUCAACUUUCGUCGUUCGUGGUACUUUCCCUGGAACAAGAAGAAGCAGCGCAACGAUCCGUCUCGCUGGAGUACAUACUCGUUCCGCGAAAAGCCUAGACUCCCGCUGGGUCGUACUCUCCCUCCGACUGCAUCUACGGAGAGUUUUGCCAAGCACGAGGAUCCGAGCCAUGAUGGCCACGAGAGCCAUGGACACAUGCACGAGUUUGACUACAACAUUCCACCCCUUCCUGAAAUCCGCAUUGAUUCGCCGAAGAGUGCACAUAGCGAAGCCGGCCGACAAGACUUCCGAAGGCCGCCUGGACUCGAGAGGUUUGGGCGGUCGAGCGGGAUGAUGUCUCAAUACACGGUUGAGUCGGUCUACUCUCAACCUACGGAUGCGGAGACACCCGAACCUUUUGCCAGAAGUGGCUCGCGGUCCUUGAAGCGCGUGACAUCGAGCUCGAGUGACAAUUCGCCUUUCCGAUUCGACCCGCCACCACUGACCCGCAAUACGCCAUUAUUGCGCUCAGCUCGCUCGGAUGAAGGUCAUGGAGCACGAAUGUACGAUGCAUCUGAUCGGGAUACGUGGGCGCGCGACUCGUUGGACCCAGUCGAGGCGACGUUGCGCACCCUCUCUGGCGCUCGUCGUCCUGGACAUGCCAAGGAGAUGUCGCAUUUUAGCAUUGACGAAGAGGACGAAAGAGAGUACGACCGGGCUCAGCGUUCGUUGCCUAGCAUCGGGUGGAAAGAUACUGCCGCAAACUACGGGAUGGUCCAGUCGCCCACUAGGAAUCUAGCCUCUACGCUGCUAACUCCCAAGUCGCCUGCAACUCCCAAAAGCAUUCUCAAGACGCCGCAUUACCAGACGACGAGCUCCCGCUUGGCGCAGACGCGACAGCCAUCGCGCAUCUAA